AUGGAAGCUCUCGUUAAACGUCGCGGUCAAUACAAGGGUAGAGUUACUGCGUUUAAAACAUACAUCACUAAAAUCACACACAGAUUUCCAAAUGCAACACAAGCACUCGAUGAAACACACAGGUUAGAAAUUCGAGAACGUCUUACGAUCAUUCGAGAAGUUUACGGGAAGUACGAUCAGGUGCAGGCGGAGAUCGAUGAACUCACGGUUGAUGAAGGAGACACGAUGCAAUACCGAGAAACAUUCGAAGAAGAAUAUUUUAACGUUGUGGCACAAGCAGAAGGGUUGCUUGCUCGCGGUAAGGUGACGCAACGGUCUCUGAGUGCUGCGAUGAACGAAGAUCGCGGUGCGGGGGCGGCGCAGGAAACACACACACCGGUAACUGACGACAUCAAUUUUACUCAUAACUUACCGCGACAUGCCAAUCAAAAUAUCAUUUUUAAAACACCGGGUAUCAGGCUGCCUACAAUUGAAUUGCCGAAAUUUAAAGGUGAUGUAGAGGAAUGGCUUGGUUUUAGAGAUACGUUUGAAUCGCUUAUACAUACAAAUGAGACAAUAGAUCCAAUACAAAAAUUCCAUUAUUUAAAGGCUGCGUUAGAAGGUUCGGCGGCUCAGAUUAUCAAGUCUUUCGAGUUUUCGGCUGCCAACUAUGCUAUUGCUUGGGAAACCAUUUCUAAUCGCUUCAACAAUAAAAGUUUGCUAACUUACAAUCAUAUAAGGGCCAUUUUUAGCAUAAGUUCAAUAAAAGAAGAAUCAGCAAUUCAAUUACGCAAUGUGAUAGAUACAUUAAACAAACAUUUGCGAGCACUAAACGUAUUAGGUCAGUCGACAGAACAUUGGGAUGCUUUAUUGAUAUAUUUGCUUUCGAGUAAACUUGAUAGUAUAACAGCUAGGGAAUGGGAGAAAGAGAAGGCCGACAAGGAGCUCCCUACACUCGAAGAGUUUAAGGUUUUUCUCAGUUCAAGAGCGAAUCUGUUGGAAACACUAGAUUUAAAUAAAAGAAGCAUGCACAAAUCAAAACCGUCGGAUCAUAUAAAAUCAAAAUCGUUUCUUGUUCAAAGGCAGGAAUGUGCAGUAUGCACAGAAGCACAUCAUUUAUCAAGUUGUCCAAAGUUCUUACAAUUUACCCCACAAAGGCGAGCAGAGGCUUUAAGAACAGCGAAGUUGUGUCUCAACUGCAUGAAGCCAGGUCAUUUCAUCAAAAACUGCAAAGGCGGAACGUGUCGAAAGUGUGCUGGCAAGCACAAUACAUUGUUGCAUUUCGAGAAGGCUUCUGAGUCAACGGGAAAGGCUGAAGCGGGAAAGGCUGAAGAAAACAACAAUACUUCUCCUUCGCUUCUAUGUUCACACAACAGGACGAAUGAUUACCACGUCAUUCUGUCAACAGCAAUAGUAUUUGUAGAAGAUAGUCAAGGCAAGAAACACAAGGCUCGUGCAAUAUUAGAUCCAGGAUCACAAUCCAGCUUAGUCACAAAUAGACUGUGUGAAGAACUGCAACUCGAUAAGGUCAAGGUAAUGGUAAAUCUUGAAGCCGUCAACGGCGCAUCGUGUCAAGUACAACACAAAUGUAAGUUAAACAUUGCAGCAUGCCACAACAAGUACGAAUUUCAGUUGUCAUGUCUUGUGAUACCAGAAAUAACAGGCAAUUUACCCAAUAACAAGGUGAAUACACAAGAUCUUCAGAUUCCUUCAAACAUUAAAUUGGCUGAUCCUAACUUCCACGUGCCAGCGAGGGUCGACAUUCUAAUAGGGGCAGAUUGGUUCUGGAAUCUCCUUUGUAUAGGCCAGAUCAAGCUCGGCAAAACACAGCUAACAAUGCAGAAGACAAGGUUAGGAUGGAUAGCUGCAGGUCCAAUGACAAGUAGUUGUGCAACGUCAAUACGUUGUCACUUAAGCAAGUCCAUGAGUAUUGAAGAACAAGUGGCCAAGUUCUGGGAGAUUGAUGAGUAUUCUGAUCAGAAGAUACUCUCUCAAGAAGAAAAAGAGUGCGAGCUCCACUUCUCGCAAACGACUAAGCGCAACAAGGAUGGUAGAUUCAUUGUUAGCAUUCCAUUCAAGGAAGAUCCAAGCACCUUGGGUGAAUCAUACAACGGAGCAUUACGACGAUUGAUUAGUCUGGAAAAUAAAUUGCAAAGGAACCCGGAACUUAAGGAACAAUAUACAGCGUUUCUCGAAGAAUAUAAGGCCUUGCAUCACAUGACUAAGGUGGACAGUACCUCAAAUUCAUCGACAGUCUACUAUAUGCCACAUCAUUCUGUUGUGAAGAUCGACAGCUUGACAACGAAGGUCCGUGUUGUUUUUGAUGCAUCGGCGACCACAGAUAAUGGCAUUUCAUUGAAUCAUAUUCAAAUGAUCGGAUCAACAUUACAAGAUGAUUUGUUUUCAAUACUCGUUAGAUUUAGAAGUCACGCAUAUGUAGUAGCAUCAGAUAUCGAGAAAAUGUACAGACAAGUACUCAUCGCACCAGAACAACGUUCGUUACAAAGGAUACUAUGGCGUCAAAAUCCCGAGGAUCCAAUAGAAGUAUUCGAAUUGAACACAGUCACAUACGGCACUGCAUCAGCACCCUAUCUAGCAACAAGGUGCAUAAGGGAAUUAGCAGUGGAAACUGAACAACAAUGGCCCGACAUAGCAAGAAUCAUUCGGCAAGAUUUCUACGUAGAUGAUCUCUUGACAGGAGCAGAGUCAAUAGAGGAAGCAAGAGAUAUAGUGCAUAAGAUUUCGAGUGUUCUGAAUUCAGCAGGAUUCAAGCUCCGAAAAUGGAUCGCAAAUGAAGCUGCAGUCAUAGAAGACAUAUGUACAGAGGAUCAAAAUCCUAACGGAAUAAAUUUUAAGUGUGGUCUACCAACGAAAAUCCUUGGAUUAGUCUGGCAAGCUCAUCAAGAUAUGUUAGUUUACAGCAUAGAGAAAUUACUGUCUCCAAAGGUAUCCAAAAGACAGAUACUGUCAGAAAUAACUCGGAUAUUCGACCCGUUAGGACUUCUGAGUCCAUGCUUAGUACUAGCAAAGAUUCUACUACAGAAAUUGUGGAUGCACAAGUUAUCAUGGGACGAAGCAAUUCCAGCUGACUUGCAUUCUACUUGGAUAGCAUUCCGUAACCAGAUAAACGAUUUGAAUCAGAUCGAAAUACCUAGACAUGUGAUUUGCAGGGGCUACACCAGAAUCGAAUUACAUGGGUUUGCAGAUGCAGCACAAGGAGCAUAUGGAGCGUGUAUAUAUAUUCGCUCAAUGGUUGAUCAAAACACAAAGCAAGCACGAUUGUUAUGCUCUAAAACAAGAGUGGCACCACUUAAACAACAAACAAUACCUCGCCUAGAGCUCUGUGCAGCGCUUACACUUGCACGCUUGACAAAGAAGGUGACAGGAUCUUUGAAUAUAUUGUUCGACAAAAUUACAUAUUGGAGCGAUUCUACAAUAGUACUCAACUGGAUACAAACUCAGCCAAGCAAACUACAAGUAUUUGUAUCAAACCGGGUCGCAGAAAUACAAGAACUAACGGACAUUCGUGACUGGCGACAUGUGCCAACAGAAGAAAAUUCAGCCGAUCUACUUUCGCGGGGUGUAUUCCCUAAUCAACUGUGGCAAUCAAGGAUUUGGUGGUAUGGUCCAUCAUUUUUGUCGAGAUCAGAAGAUGAAUGGCCGGUCACAGCUCAACCAGAAGUUCCAACAAUGGAAAUGAGACGUACAGUUUGUGCAGUUAGACACAUUCAACCAGAUAAAUCGUUUAUUUUUGAGAUUAGUAACAAUCUAAACAAGUUGAUUCGAAUAGCAGCAUAUUGCAGACGCUUUAUAAUUAAUUGCAAAAAUCGAGGUAAGGUAGAGUCAGGGGGCCUGACCGCGAUCGAACUAAGGAACUCAUUACACAAUAUUGCAAAGAUUGCUCAAAGGGAAUCUUUUCCAACAGAAACGCGAAUACUUCAGCAAGGUGGUUCCAUCACACAAGGAAAAUUGGCAACACUCAAUGCAUUUAUAGAUAAGGACAAUCUCAUUCGUGUAGGCGGGAGAUUAAGAAAUUCGGAGUUUCCUUCAGAUAAAAAACAUCCCAUAGUUUUGUUGGCAGAUCAUCAAUUUACAAGGCUACUUUUCAGAAGCGAACAUUUAAAUUUAUUGCAUGCAGGACCACAACUACUCCUAAGCUCAAUACGCGAACAAUUCUGGCCGAUCGGAGGCAGAAAUCUCGCCCGAAAAACUGUACACGGUUGCAUUGAAUGUUUCAAAAACAACCCCACGCAUUCGAAACUUCCGUUGGGACAGCUGCCAAGGGAGCGCGUAUCUCAGUCCACCCCUUUCCACAAUACGGGGGUGGAUUAUGCAGGUCCAUUUAUAGUAAGAGAUAGAAAAGGAAGGGGUUGCAAAACAAGCAAGGCAUUUGUGUGUUUGUUCGUUUGCUUCGCGACCAAGGCACUUCAUUUGGAAUUGGUGUCCGACCUAACUUCGGAAGCGUUCAUCGCAGCACUUAGACGUUUUUCGGCUAGACGGGGUAAACCUGCGCGUAUAUAUUCCGAUAACGGAACGAAUUUUGUCGGAGCAAAUAGAGAACUAAAAGAGUUGGCUCAAUUAUUAACAGAUAACGCUACAUCUAUCGAAAAAACAGUAAAUGAAAUUGGCAUUAGUUGGCACUUCAUACCUGCUCACUCACCACACUUCGGUGGUAUUUGGGAGGCCGGAGUAAAAUCCACCAAACACCAUUUGAAACGAGUGGCAGGUAACGCGAUUUUGACAUAUGAGGAAUUAUACACACUAUUAGUUCAAAUUGAGGCGAUACUAAAUUCUCGUCCCUUGACUCCAAUGUCAUCCGAUCCUAACGACCUCGCUCCCCUCACUCCUGCUCACUUUCUCGUUGGUCGUUCGCUCACUUCGCCAGCAGAUCCUACACUAACUGAUGUUCCAGAAUCCAGGUUGUCCAGGUGGCAACUAAUCCAAAGUCUUCAACAGCAUUUUUGGAAGCGGUGGAGCAAGGAAUACAUUUCUGAACUACAACAACAUGCAAUCAAAACGAAAUUGACCGAUCCCAUCGUGGAGGGCGCGAUGGUGCUCAUUAAAGACGACAACCUGCCUUCACUCAAAUGGAGGCUCGGACGUGUUGUAACAAUCCAUCCAGGAAAGGACAACGUAGCCAGAGUUACUACCAUCAAGACAUCGACAGGAGUAACGCGUAUCGCGACCGCGAAGCUUUGUCCGUUACCGAUAGAAUGA